UGUAACUCAUGUCCAAAGUGGGUGUGCACCAACAAGUUUUGCUUUCCUGCAGGGAGGAGGAGCAUAAGAAGGGAACCCCAGCUGGCCUAAAAGCUGACAGCUCUGCACCCAGGAACAGAGAACUCCUUCUCGUCUUCCUGUGUCCCAUUGCAGGAUGUCAGACUUCGGACUGUUUGGGUACCAGGAGGAGGUGGUCCAGAGAGCCCUGCGAGGAGAGAACAUCAUCAUCUGGCUGCCCACCGGGAGCGGGAAGACGCGUGCCGCCGUCUAUGUGGCCAAGAAGCACCUGGAGAGGACACCGUGGGGCAAAGUGGUGGUCCUGGUAAACAUGGUCCACCUGGUGGACCAACACUCCAGCAAAGAGUUCGUUCCCCACCUGGCGCCGACUCACAAGGUGUUGGCGGUGAGCGGCGACAGCAGCGAGAAGGACUUCUUCGGCAGGGCGCUGCGGGACUUUGACGUGGUCAUCUGCACGGCGCAGGUCUUUCACAACGCGCUGGUCAGCUCGGAGGAGGACAAGCACGUGGAGCUCUCAGAGAUCUCCCUGCUCAUUUUGGACGAGUGUCAACACACACGCAAGAACAUGGUCUACAACAAGAUCAUGAGGGGGUACCUGCAGCAGAAGAUGCUCGGUGCAGCGACGCUGCCUCAGGUUCUUGGACUCACGGCGUCGCCGGGCACGAGCGGAGCUAGGAGUCUGGACAAAGCUGUGCAGCAUGUUCUCCAGCUGUGCGCCAACUUGGACUCGGUCAUCACUUCAACCAACAGGUCCACUCAGGAACUCACACUCAAAGUACCGCGACCCCUCAGGAUCUUUGACAUUGCGGAAAAACGACACCAGGAUCCCUUUGGAGAUGAGCUGAAGCGGAUCAUGCAGCAGAUCCAUGACUUCAUGGAUCCUCUAGAGGUCUUCAGGAUGAGGGAAUGCGGCACGCAAGAAUACGAAGCAGACGUGGUGGAACUGGAGAAGAGAGGAGUCCAGGAGUACAACCGCGUGCUGCAACAAUGCGCCAUCCACUUGCGUAAAUACAACGACGCCCUGCUCAUCAACGACACGCUGCGCAUGAAGGACGCUCUGGAGUUCUUGGAGGAGUUCUACAACAUCAGGAUGACCACCCUCAUCGACUCCACCGACGACUUCCUGUUUCAGCUCUUCCAAGAGAACCAAGACCUUCUGGAGGCUCUGGCGAGGGACCUACGCUACGAAAACCCCAAGUUGGACCGGCUGGAAGCCACCCUGCUGAGGCUCUUCCGUCCAAGUGCGGACUCCAGAGGGAUCCUCUUCAGUAAGACCCGUAGAAGCACCAGCUGCUUGAUGGACUGGGUGCUCACCAAUGCCAGCCUGCGGGAAGCGGGCAUCAAACCCGCUAUCUUGACUGGCACCGCCUCCAUGACGCAGAACGAGCAGGGGAACGCGAUACAGAUGUUCAGCGUGGGCGCCGUCAACCUCCUUAUCGCCACCAGCGUGGCCGAGGAAGGUCUGGACAUCCCAGAAUGCAACCUGGUGGUGCGUUAUGGUCUCCUGACCAAUGAGAUCGCGCAGCAGCAGGCUAGCGGGCGUGCUCGGGCCAAAGACAGCCAGUACUCCCUGGUGGCCGAGCGAGGAAGCCGGGAAGAGCGCCGGGAGAACCUCAACGUCUACCUGGAGGAGCUGACCGCCAAGGCCGUCGCUGUCGUCCACAAGAUGGACCCCUCCCAGUUUAGAGAAGAGGUAGCCAAGCUGCAGCGCCAGGCGGUUUGUCAGGGCCCAGCUGCAGAAAGCAAGAAGAAGAAUACUCGCUACUCUGCCUUCAGCGUCCAGCUCUUGUGUCAGCACUGUUUGAUGCCUGUCGCACACGGCAGCGACUUCCGGCAUGUGGACAAUACGCAUUACGUCAACAUCAACCCCGACUUUAAGGAGAAGUACCGCCUCGGCGGAGAGGUGACGCUGGAAAGGACCUUCACCGACUGGGAGCCCGGCUACGUGAUCUUGUGCAACAACGGCAAAUGCAAUUACGUGUGGGGGUCCGAGAUGAAGUACAGGAAGGUGGCCCUGCUGCCCACGGUGGCCAUCAAGAACUUCGCCCUGGAGACGCCCGGCGGCAGGACCAUGGUGAAGAAGUGGAAGGACGUUCCUUUCACCGUGGAGGACUUCAACUUCACCAAGUACUGCCAGGAUCACUACCCCGACCUGGAAGACUGAGGUUGGAGGCUUCUUGGGGAGAGAGCGUCGGCCCGCCAUGAUGCACACAUGAAAGCAGAUGCUUGUGCCUGCAGGGCCAGCGAGGCGCGUUACGCUCGAAUCAUACUUGAAAUGAGCAUGGCAGCUUUGUUUAUGCCCAAGGUUUUUAUUAUUAUUAUUAUUUUUAUUUUUUUUUGUGGGCUUCAUCUGAAGUCUUGUACACGACACAACUCAGGGUGGAACAUGACCCCAGACCGUCAUGCAUGGAAACCAAACCCUUAUUGACAUGAAAUCACGUUUCUUAUUAUAUUACAUGUCUUUUACUUAUGUUUGCAAAUAAACCGUAGCAUGUUGUGAUUAACAUUUUAGGCAUUUUAUUAUCUUGUAUAUUCUGCAAAUUAAAGAGAGCACAAACACUGA